GGUAAAUACAUUUAGGCGCCAAAGUGCAAAUCAAGAUUCCAACGGUGUUGGUAUUUAGGUCUUGAUUCUUGGCAAUAAUGUACAUAAAACAGAUAGUUAUUGACGGUUUUAAGUCCUAUGCCCAGAGAACAACUGUAUCGGGUUUUGAUCCGUUGUUUAACGCUAUAACUGGGCUUAAUGGUAGUGGAAAAUCGAACAUCCUUGACUCCAUUUGUUUUCUACUUGGGAUCUCAAACCUUUCUCAGGUGCGAGCCAGUAGUCUUCAAGAGUUGGUUUACAAAGGCGGCCAGGCUGGUGUAACUAAAGCAACGGUGACUAUCACCUUUGACAACAGUGAUAAGAAACAGAGUCCCUUGGGGUAUGAGACCUUUGAUGAAAUUACUGUGUCAAGACAGGUUGUGAUUGGAGGGAGGAACAAAUAUCUUAUAAAUGGCUGCAAUGCCAACAACACCAGGGUUCAGGAUCUGUUCCGUUCUGUGCAGUUGAACAUCAAUAAUCCCCACUUUUUGAUAAUGCAGGGUAGAAUCACUAAAGUGCUCAACAUGAAGCCUCCAGAGAUCCUUUCCAUGAUAGAGGAGGCAGCUGGAACUAGAAUGUAUGAAAGCAAGAAGCAGUCAGCGCAGAGGACGAUAGAAAAGAAAGAUAGCAAAUUGCAAGAAAUAGAAACUAUUCUUGCAGAAGAAAUUACUCCAACUCUGAAAAAACUGAAAGAGGAAAGGGCAUCAUAUCUUGAGUAUCAAAAAGUGAUGCGAGAACUUGAACACUUUACAAGGCUGUUUAUUGCUCACCAAUUUGUCAUGGCUGAGGAAAUGCAGUCAAAAUCGGCCUCAGAGCUAGACACCAUGAAAGAAGCCAUUAAUCAAUUGCAAUGCAAUAUGAAGGAGGUUGAAGCAAAGAUAAAAGAAGUUAGUAAAGAAAUAUCUGAAUUAGAAAAGAAAAGGAAUGCGGAAGCUGGAGAUGCUAUGAAAAAACUUGAGUCAAGUUUUGAUGAGGUUCAAAAGGUUGAUGUCAAAGCAAAGUCAGACCUCAAACAUGAGAAGGAACAGCUGGCAGCUCAAAAGAGACAAAAAAAGGAUCUUGAAAAAAAUCGUGAUGAUGAUCAAGCACAGGUGAAGUCCAAAGAGACGGAGCUGAGCAAAAUUAAUGAUCAGCUUGCUAAGCUUGAAGAGAAGAGUAACCAGGAUUCUGAGGCAGUAAAGACUGCACAAGAACACUACCAUGCCGUUUCAGCAGGGCUUUCAAGUAAUGAUGACGGGGAGGACAAAACACUUGCCGAUCAAAUCAUGGGCUGCAAAAAUGAUAUCAGCAAUGCUGAAACUGGAGCUAAGCAAGCCCAACUGAAAUUAAAGCAUUCUCAAGCUGAAUUGAAGAAAAAACGAGCAGAGUUAAAGGCAACAGAGAAGGGAUAUGAAAAGGAUAAGCAGGCAUUUGAUGCUAUUGAAAAAAGCAAGGCAAAGAUAGAGGGAGAAAUGAAAAAGCUCAACUAUGAAGAUGGAAAAGAGGAAAAGCUUGUGUCAAGAAAGAGAAAGCUUGAAAACGAAGUUUCAAAUUUGAGGACAACAGUGGAAACACUAGAAGCAAAAUUUCCUAAUUUACAAUUUGAGUACAAAGACCCUGAACCAAAGUUUGACAGAAGAAAGGUUAAAGGGCUUGUUGCACAACUGAUCAAAGUGAAAGAUGUUACCACAGCUACAUCACUAGAGGUCACAGCAGGUGGAAAGCUUUACAAUGUUGUGGUGGACUCUGAGGUCACUGGUAAAAAAUUGCUCCAGAAUGGACAGCUCAAACGACGGUACACCAUCAUCCCUCUUAACAAGAUCUCUCACAGAACCAUUGCUAAUGAUGUUGUCAAAAGAGCUGAACAGCUGGUGGGAAAAGACAGUGUACAACCAGCGCUAUCACUUGUAGGGUAUGAGGAUGAGGUCAAGGCAGCUAUGGCUUAUGUUUUUGGUACCACAUUUGUCUGUGAUACCAUGGAUAAUGCUAAGAAGGUCACAUUUGACCCCAAAGUGAAGACACGAACUGUCACUCUGGAGGGUGAUGUGUUUGAUCCAGCUGGAACCCUUACUGGAGGUGCGAGGUCUUCCUCAGCGUCCAUCCUGGCCAAGCUACAGGAGCUAAAGGAGGCUCAGGAUGAGCUGAAUGCCAAGAGCAAGGAGCUGGAGACGGUGGUGAAAGAGCUGGCGACCUGCUCCAAGGUCGCAGAGAAGUACCAACAGUUGAAACAGCAGUACGACCUCAAGGUGCACGAGGCCGAGCUGGCAGAGACGCGUAUGAAACAAAGCACGCAUCACCUGCAGCUUGAGGAGAUCAAGACCUUAGAAAACAAUCUCGACGAGCAACAGCAACUAAUUGAAAAGUCCAAAGAAACAAUCGCCUUGGCAACCGCAAAAUGCAAUGACAUCGAGUUAAAAAUGAAAGAAGCCAAAACCUACAGAGAGCGAGAGUUAAAAAAAGCGGAGGAGGAUCUAAAAAAGGCGAAGAAAAGGGCCGAACAGUCCAUCAAAGAGACGAAGACCAAACAGCAGGAAGUUGAAGGAAUGCAGCUAGAAAUAGAAGAAAUUGUGAAGGAAAUGGCGAGCAUAGAGGAGCAGGUUACUAAGGUCGACGAAAAUAUCGCAAAAUGCGAAGAGCAGGUGGAGAAGUGCUCCGAGAAAGCAAAACAGACACAAGCUGCUGUAAAGGAAGCUGAAGCCGCUCUGAACAAACAGAAAGAAAACUUGAAAGCAUGCAGCAAGGCCAUCAACGAGAAGAUGUCUAUACAGCACGGCCUGCAGAAACAGAGCUCUGACGCGCAGCUUCAAGUGAAGGAAAUGGAACAUAAGAUCGCCAAGUUUCAGAAGGAAAGCAAAGAUGCUGCCAACAAGGUAGAGAGCAUGCUCGCAAAGUACGAGUGGAUCUCUAGCGAGCGCCAGUACUUUGGACAGGCUAAUACCGCAUACGACUUUGCCUCUAAUGAUAUGAAGGACGUGGGAAAGCGCCUCAACAAGCUUAACGAGACUAAAGACAAGCUAGGCAAGAGUGUUAACAUGCGCGCCAUGAACAUGCUCGGCAAAGCCGAGGAGAAGUACAAUGAUCUGAUGAAAAAGAAGCGCAUUGUCCUAAACGACAAAGAUAAGAUCGCGAGUGUCAUCCGAGAACUCGACGAGAAGAAGAACGAGGCUCUAAGGAACGCCUGGAUUAAAGUCAAUAGAGACUUUGGUUCAAUUUUCUCAACCUUGUUACCCGGUGCUACGGCUAAACUGGCUCCACCCGAAGGUCAAACCGAGCUGGACGGGCUUGAAGUUAAAGUUGGCUUCGGUACAGUCUGGAAAGAGAGUCUAAGUGAGCUCAGCGGCGGACAAAGGUCCCUUGUUGCUCUCUCCCUCAUCUUGUCUCUGCUACUUUUCAAACCGGCACCGUUAUACAUUCUGGACGAGGUGGAUGCCGCCCUAGACCUUUCCCAUACCCAGAACAUCGGGCAGAUGCUGCGCACUCACUUCAAGCACUCGCAGUUCAUCGUUGUUUCCCUCAAAGACGGCAUGUUCAACAAUGCUAACGUGCUGUUCAAGACCAAAUUCGUGGACGGCAUUUCUACCGUGACGAGGUACGUCCAGAACCAGCCUACAAGAGACCAAGAGAACAUCUCCACAGGGAGUAAGAACACCGCCAAGAGAGGUCAGGACAGGUCCAAGCGACCGAGAAUCGAACCAACUCCAGAACCGCUCUCCGCCGCAAGGAGAUAGUGAUGUAACCAUGUGAAAUAACAACAAUAGUGUACAUAUUUUAAUUAGCUGGUUCCAACUAAAAACUCGGUAUUUCGAGCUCGCUCUGGCGCUGCUUCCCGCUCACCUUCGGCAAAAAUAUCCUGCCACAUAUACAUUUUUUUUCGCCAAAUGUAAGAAGGGAUGUUAAAGGUAUACGCUCGUUUUGGUGCCUCGGGUUCUGAGAGGGACUUUGAGAGUUGAAAUUUCUUUGGAGCCAAAACGAAAGUUUACAUAUAUAAACUGAUGCAGGUAAACUUAAGUCAACAUGAGGUUACGUAAACAAUAUAAACUAAGGUUACGUAAACAACUCCAAAGUAUUCGUGUGCAUCAUUAGCUUUUUAAAUAUAUGUGAGCCAUGAAAUAUAAUUCAAUCAACCAAG